AAAAGAAAAAAGAAAAAAGAAACCUCUGUAGUCUCUCUCUACUGAACCUUGAGGUAUCCAUCGGAGAAUCACAAAUUUCAACAACAGUUGAUGGAAUCCAUGGCUCUAGAUCCGGAAGUUGACAUCGAUGAAGGAGAUCUGGAGGAAUUGGAGUCAGAUGUGAAGCAGAUGGCCAAGACGAUUUCCGAGUACAGGCAAACCCUACCGGACCAUCUCAGGAACACCCUUGACUCUGCGCUUUCAUCUCACAUACCCAACAUCGAUUCUCGGUUGGAUCCUCUUUCGUCGUCUUACCUCUCUAUCGCAGAAACACAAGCACCUGUUGUGGUGGGAACUGAAGAGCAAGACUCUAGAGAGAAAAUAAUUCGGCUUAAGGAAAUAAUGUCAAGGAACGCUGCGAAUAUACCCAAAGUAGUAAAGAGAAUCCGAGAGUGUAUAGAGGGUAUCGACAAACUCGAUUCUUUGGACGUUACCAUUCACCCGGCUUUCAGAAGGCGAAGAAUUAACUGACUGGUAGAUCUGUUUCUGCUUCAGGUUUAGGUUCUCCUUAGUAUUUCUUAAGAAAGAUUUGUGCCGAGUUGUUAAUAUGUAAUUCUAGACAGAUUUCGCAUGUACAUUGGUGAAUGACUAGGUUGGGUUAAAACAACAUGAACUUUGAUUGUGCAAGUA